UGGUUCACUUCACUAUUUUUUACUCUGUUUCUUCAUUUCGUAAUUUGAGUAAUCUUUGAACCACGACUUUUGAAUGUAAUUUUCGAUGAAUGAAUGAAUCUUUCAGAGGAGUUCACAGUUGUUCAGGAUGCUGCCAUAAGGAAACUUGGAAUGCGCCAUUUUGAUGUUCAGGUUUCACUCUCUUGCAUCUGUUUGUCUGUUGUAUUAAAGAAUAAAGUAUGGAGUUAAAAAUGUGAAAAUCGACUAUUCAAAAUUUGACAAUCUUAUAGUUUGUUUUGAUAUAGUUUUGCUUAUAUUUUUAUUAUAGUUUUAAUUGUUAGAGUGUACUUCUUGUUAUAGAAGAGCCAAAUCCAAUAUAUCAAGUGCAUACUUAGUUUAUAGAAGACUAGAAGUAGGUAACUGAAUUGUUCUUCAUGAAAAUUCUUUAGGUUAUAAUCUAAUAUAUGUGUGAGUUAUUGUGUGUGUUUGUUUACAUUGGCAGCUUCAACACUUGACCAAGAAGUAUUUAGUUUUAAUGCCGAUGAUGUAUUUUUUUCACGGAAUUGAAGAACUGUUGUCACAGUAUAGGGAAUGGGUCCCUCAAUUACAGCUUUCCAGACCAUGAUCAUUUGCCCCAGUCAUUGAGAUGGGAAUCACAAGAGUUAUGAAAAGUGAAGGCUGGUUCAAUGUUUUAUUGAUAAUAGCAAAAGGCCAGGUGACAAGUGAGACUGAACAAGCCAGAUUUAUGGACGCAUUAUAUAAUUUGCUCGAUGGAUCUGUUGAGAAUGCUAAAUUUGAAGAUGAAUGUCGAGCAAUUCUUGGAAACCAGUCUUAUGUGUUAUUCACAUUGGAUAAGUUAAUCUAUAAACUUAUCAGACAGCUUCAAACUGUUGCAACCGACGAGGAAGACAAUAAGCUUCUCCAAUUAUACGAGUACGAAAAGUCUCGGAAACCUGGCAAAUUAAAUGAUUCAGUAUAUCAUUCAAAUGCACAUGUCAUCCUUCAUGAGGAAAACAUUUAUCGUUUUCAAUGUUCGUCUAGUCCCUCCCGGCUCUCCAUACAACUCAUGGACAAUAUGAAUGAAAAGCCCGAGAUUGCCGCUGUUUCGGUUGAUCCUAAUUUUUCUUUUCAUCUGCAUAAUGAUUUUCUGUCUGUUCUUCCUACCAAAAAGGAGCCUCAUGGCAUUUUACUAGAAAGAAACAAAUCAAAAUAUGGGGACUUAGACGAGCUUUCUGCAAUUUGCGCUGUAAUGGAAGAUGUCAAAGUAGUUAAUGGAUUGGAAUGCAAGAUGUCUUGCAACUCAUCCAAGAUUUCUUAUGUUCUCGACACUCAAGAUUUUUUCUUUCGACCAAGAAGGAAAAGACGAACCUCGUCAUCAUCAUCAAGUACAUCAUCUUCUCGGUCUCGCAGAGAAAGAGAGGAAAGAUUUCGCAAAUUUAUGGCAUCCGCCAUCUAAACUGUAUAUUCGUGAUGAAGAAGAAUUCACACAAAUACUUGUGUUCAUAUAAGAAAAGUCUUGAUGUGACAACAACCUAGUAAAAACAUUUUAAUUUUUAGUCAUAAUGUUACUUGAAUAUUCACAUGAAGAAGUGAAGGAGGGAAAAUAUUCAUAGGAAUGUGUAAUCUGUAUAAGGUGGUCACAUGUAACCAUGAGUGUCACUCCUUUGUAAAUAGUUUGCUUCAUUAUUUAUUUGUAGAAUAUUGUGCCAAAUUCAUAUUUUUCUUCAAUA